GUGUUAUUUGGAAAUCUGACAAACUAAUCGAAGGGGCUAAUUCUUUACUCCAGUACUUGAAAGCAAAUAAAUUUCGGUUCUCUCUUGUCACUAACAACAGCACUCGCUCAACCGAUCAAUGUGUUUUAAAGUGCCAAGAGCUUGGCCUCCCAGUCACUCAACUUAAGAAUGAUGUCAUUUGUUCAUCAUACGUUGCUGCCAAAUAUCUGCAAGGAAAAAACAUUCAUGGUCCAGUUUAUGUCGUUGGGGAGCAGGGUAUCGGACUUGAGCUAGAUAAAGUUGGGAUUGCACACUUUGGGAUAGGGACUUCUGCAGUUCUUGUUGGUUUCGACUCUUUAAUCAACUACAGAAAAAUAUUGAAGGCCACAAAUUAUAUUUUAAAUGGUUGCCCAUUCUAUGCAACAAAUGAUGAUGCUCUAUUUCCCACUGAAGACAUAGCCCUGCCAGGAACUGGAUGCAUAGUUGAAUGUCUUAAAAAAGCAUCUGGAAUAACACCAAUAAUAAUGGGCAAGCCAUAUUCUCCUAUCUUUGAGAUACUAUCAUCUCAGAAUAAUAUUGAUCCUAAAAGCACCUUAAUGGUUGGUGACAGGUUAGCCUUUCUGCUAUUCUAA